CCAGCUUGCAGAGCGAAACAAUGCCACUGCUCAAGCUGGUCCUCCUGGCUCUUCUGAUCAAGAGGGGAGAGUCUGUGUGUUGGCUGCAGGGCAGGGCACAACCACCGGAAAUGACCAAGUCUAGAGAUUUCAACUUAGGUGGCAUUUUCACCUUUCGUACUGGGUACAGAGGCAGCAAGCCCACCUUUCAAACCUUACCUGAACCUCCAAAGUGCCUGCUCAUCAAUGUAAGAGAAUUCAAAUUUGCCCAGACCAUGAUCUUUGCAAUUGAGGAAAUAAAUCUAAAUCCUGCUAUUCUCCCCAACCACACAUUGGGCUACAAGAUAUACAAUUCCUGUGGAAUGACAAACAUUAUUAAGUCUGCUAUAGUCUUAGCCAGUGGGCAGAGGGAAAUCAUAGAUGAGAGGAACUGUACAACCACUGACACUGCACAGGCUGUACUAGGCCACUCUGGCUCUGCUCCCACAGUGGGAUUUUCUCGGAUUAUAGGAAGGUUCCAGAUACCAGUGCUCAGCCACUUUGCAACUUGUGCUUGUCUCAGCAACAGAGAGGAGUUUCCAUCCUUCUUCCGAACUAUUCCUAGUGACCUCCACCAGAGCAGAGCCCUGGCAAAGCUAAUCAAGCAUUUCGGCUGGUCCUGGGUGGGGGCAAUAAGUAACAAAAACAGCUAUGGUAUCAACGGGAUCACCACAUUUAUACAAGCUGCACAAGAAGAGGGAGUGUGCAUUGAGUAUUACCAGUCAUUUGAACAAUCAGGUCCUCGUCAUGAGUUAACAGAAUUAGUUGAAAUUGUGAAGCACUCCACCUCUAAAGUCAUUGUGGCCUUCAUGUCCCACAGAGAAGUUAAAGUGCUGGCUACUGAGUUCUACAAACAGAACAUUACAGGACUGCAGUGGGUUGGCAGUGAUGCCUGGAUCACAGAUCACUCACUGACUGACAGUGAGGGACGUAGCCUCCUUGUGGGCUCCCUGGGCUUCGCUGUCAGCCAAACUAAGAUCCCCGGAUUGGAGAAGCACUUGAGGCAGCUCCAUCCCUCACAGUUUCCUGACAGUCAGUUUGUCAGAGAUUUCUGGGAAGACAUGUUUGACUGUGCUCUGAAUGAAACCGCAAACACACAAAGAAAGCCAUGCAGCGGCUCUGAGAGCUUGCAGAACAUUGAAUCAUAUUUUACAGAUGUUUCUGAUCUGAGAUUCACUAAUAAUGUUUACAAGUCGGUUUAUGCAGUGGCCCAUGCUCUCCACAACCUGGUCACAUGUGAAGAGGGGAAGAGUCCCUUCUACAAUGGGAGCUGUGCUGACACUAAAUACAUUCAACCAUGGCAGGUACUACAUUAUUUGCAGAAUAUCAACUUCACAACAAGUCAGGGUGAAAGAGUGACUUUUGACCAGAAUGGAGAUUCACCUGCAAGAUAUGAACUUGUAAAUUUACAACAUUUAACCUCAGAGACCAUGCUUGUUGCCACAGUUGGUUUUUUUGAUGCCACUUUGCCUGGUGAGCGUCCAUUUAUAAUGAAUGGCAUGAAGAUAAUGUGGGGAGGAGGAAGUCAUUCGGUGCCUGUGUCAGUGUGCAGUGAGAGAUGUCCCUCAGGAAAACGCAAAGUCCUGCAAAAAAGAAAACCUGUUUGCUGUUAUGACUGUAUCCCAUGUGCAGAAGGAGAAAUCAGCAACAUUACAGACUCUUUGGAGUGCCUCAAAUGUCCCAUUGAUUAUUGGCCGAAUACCAGAGGAGACACAUGCAUCUUAAAGGAGAUUGAAUUUCUGUCUUAUGAAGAGAUCAUGGGGAUCAUUUUAACAUUUUUUUGUUUGAUGGGGGUAAUUUUGACAACUAUGAUAGCAUUAGUGUUCUUUCAUUUCCGGGAAACUCCUAUUGUCAGGGCCAACAACUCUGAGCUGAGCUUCCUGCUGCUCUUCUCGUUGACUCUGUGUUUCCUGUGUUCUCUGACCUUCAUCGGCCGGCCCUCUGAGUGGUCCUGCAUGCUGCGACACACCGCAUUCGGCAUCACCUUUGUCCUCUGUAUCUCUUGUGUUCUGGGGAAAACAAUAGUAGUCUUAAUGGCCUUUAAAGCAACACUUCCAGGCACUAAUAUGAUGAAAUGGUUUGGGCCUGUACAGCAGAGGCUCAGUGUCCUGGCUUUCACUCUCAUACAGGUUUUGAUUUGCAUACUUUGGCUGACAAUCAACCCACCCUUUCCCUUCAAAAAUAUGAACCAUUACAUGGAGAAGAUUAUUCUUGAGUGCGCCCUGGGAUCACCUGUAGGGUUCUGGGCCGUGUUGGGAUACAUAGGACUCCUUGCUGUCUUGUGUUUUGUUCUCGCUUUUCUGGCUCGAAGGUUACCUGAUAAUUUUAAUGAAGCCAAAUUUAUCACCUUCAGCAUGCUGAUAUUCUGUGCAGUCUGGAUCACAUUUAUACCAGCAUACGUCAGCUCUCCUGGGAAGUUCACUGUAGCUGUAGAGAUAUUUGCCAUUCUGGCCUCCAGUUAUGGACUUCUUUUCUGCAUUUUCAUCCCCAAAUGCUUUAUUAUUUUACUGAGGCCAGAACAAAAUACCAAAAAGCAUAUGAUGGGCAAAACAAAAGAUAUUCAUUGUUAAUUUUACAUUGUUGGAAUUCCUUUUUUUUUUCUUUUUCUCCGAAUUGUGUUGUUAAUGAAUUAUUCAGUGCCUAUUAAAGUUCUAACAUAGUAAAGGAAUAUACCAUCUUCCUGAAAUGUUUUACAUAAUUUUUGAAAGUAAUAAUACAUAAUUAAUACAUUACUGAUUUUAAUUGCAUAACUAUUUGAGCAUCCCCACUCACCAACAUAUAUUUCUUAUUUCUGUUUCACACUAGUGCACGUGUAAGGUAAUGUAUGUAACUACAUGUAUAUCAUUAUAAUAAAUCCUGAACCAGUUCCCUCCUUAUCAAAAAAGUUAAAUUUAAAUAAUAAAUGAUAUAACUUUUCAGGAAAAUAAACAAAAUAUUAUUCUGAAUAUUAUUCUCAAAAUAAAUUCUGAAAUGGAAAAUUUGACCUCACCAUUUUGUUGGUUUUCAAUCUAAGCUUUAAUAAAAAUUCACUGA